AUGCAUGGUACAUAUCCAUUUUAUACAUUGAUGUAUGCUUACACACCACAUUUCAUCAGCUUGGAAGAUCCACUCGAUGUCUGCAUAUGUUUUCCAGGAGUACAAUGUCACAAUCCAAUGGCAAUUUCUUCAAACUAUUCUUUUUUACCAGUUCGAUUUUUAAAUAUUCCAGGUCUCUUUACUGGUUGUUUGACGGAUGAAGGUAUUCGACAUUCAUCAUUAAUUUGUUUAUUCAAUCAAACAUCUGUCGAUUUGAUAUCUUAUUGGUUUAAUGCAUCCAAUGUAUUGGCAUAUGAUGCCAAUAUGCUUAAUCACUUUACUCCGCACUCGACUGUCGACGAAAUGGUAAAUGAAGUGUUCGUCGAUCGAUGGAAUUAUCUCAUCGGUGGUCUAAUGGAAAUUUUACAAAUUGCUAUUCCCCAUGUUGUUCGAACAAUAUUUCCAUUAUAUUCACGAUUUGAACGUUGGUGGCAUAGACAAUCUCCUCCCAUUAUACCUCGAUCAAAAUUAUCUUUUCAAAUUCUUAUCAAUCAACUUCGCCAACUUAAUUUGUUUGCCUCUGAAGAUCCUACCAAAGACGAUGAACAUGAAAUUCGCAGUCAAAUUCUUUCUACUCGUAUAUUUAUUAUUGUUCUACUUCUUGCUCUUGUUAUUCUUACAAUUUAUUCUUCUCGAGUUGAAAUCACCAAAACGGUGACAAUCUUCAGUCCUUCUCUAUACGAAUAUUCACAGCUUUAUGCAAACCGUUAUCAAACACUCAUUUGUACCUGCACAAAUAUUGCUAUUCGACAUAAAACUUUUAUUAUACUUCAACCAAAUUCUCAUCCAAUAUGUCAAAGUAGUUUUGUUGAUCUUCGCUGAAAAAAAUCAAAUGAUGAAGUUGUAUAG